AUGCCAGCCACACCGUGGGGCAGUCACAGGAAUUGCAGAAGAGGUAACGCCAUUGCUAACUACCUGGCUACCAGUGACCUAGUUGUCAUCAAGAAUGGUAAUCCGACGUAUAUGAGGCCGCCUCGAUAUAUGAAUGCCAUUGAUCUCACCCUGAUUACACAGGAUAUCACCUUAAAGUGGGAAACUGAGCCCGACACAUGGGGUUCGGAACACUUCCCUAUUGUGCUGUCGCGCUCACGUCGGAAUAAUGUGCCCAGGAAAACGAAGAAAAUAACAAACUGGGAGAAAUACAGACAGGGACUGGCCAACUCCACGGCAGAUGACCUGCUCCACUGUAUAAAGACGUCCUUGGCAAAUAGUACGAAGACAGUAUUUUACCCCACCUCAAUGCCUGUUCCUGGCCUUAAGUUCCUCAAUCUCCGAGCCGUGCGACGUCGGGCACAGAGAAGAGCAAUAAGAACCGGGCUAGAGGUCGACUGCAUCUCGUACAAGCGAAUCUCGGCUGCACAUAGAAGACACGUAUUAAAACUGAGGCGCACACAGUGGAAGCAGUUUAGUGCGUCCCUUACUGCUCACACUCCUGUCACAAAAGUAUGGAGUGCACUGAGAGCCAUUGAAUGCCUCCCUCAGCCGUCAAACCCGCUGGUCACGCUGUCCGUUUCAUCCAAAAGAGAGCCUAAGGAUCCUGCAGACGAGUUGGUCACAGAACUAGCGCAAGUGGCCAGCUGCAAUGAUCCUCGUCCAUCACUUAGGGUCUCAGCUUCCGAUGGUUCCCCAACAGAAGUGGCCACAGGACUCAGGCACGCCAGGGAGUCAAAUGCAUUCGCUCUUGCCCUGUUCUUAGAUGUGAAGAAAGCGUACGAUUCUGUAAAGCACUCAGCCUGUUUAUUGGCGCUAACUGAAGCCAGGAUCACUGGGUGUCUCCUGAGAUUCAUUGUAGACUUUUUGUCAGACAGAAAGUUCGACGUGUCUGUUAGCGGCCACAUUAGUUUCACAAACUAUUUUCAGCGAGGGGUCCCGCAGGGCAGUGUACUGUCCACCACGCUGUUCAACUUAAUCAUGGCUGGGAUCCAGAAACGAAUGCGCCACAACUAA